AGUAGGUCUAUUGGUGGCCGUAGCAACUCAAACAAAACCUCUAUUAGCAGGGACUAAAUACCUAGAAAUAUUCUUGAGAUACGAACCAUGACAAAAUACUGCGUUUGUCAAAUAUGUAACUGCGGGAGACACCAUUGUCCGGUUCAUAAGCGUGGAGUUUUACGGGCAAAGAGUACUGGACCAUGUCCAAUUACGGAAUAUAAUCAGAGAUAUAAGGAACAUCCCUUACACCCUACUAAAACAGCCAAACCCGAAGCAACAGCUUUUAGAAGCGAACACCCUUUGGAUGAUAAAACGACACAUAGGAGAGAUUUCAUUAAACAUCCUCUUGAGAGACCACAUGUUCAUCAAGCAGAAGAUUAUAAGAAGCCAGAAGGAAACUUUGAAGACAUGACAAACUAUCGCAAAGACUAUGACCGUAAACAAGGAGAAAGGGCUAGAGCUGUGAAACCUGUUGAUUUGAAGAAGGCCUUAGGACCAUUUAAAGGGGAACCUACAUAUAAAAGUGACUUCAGGAAAUGGCCAAUAGACCGCCAUCUUCCUCAUGUCAAAACUGAUUAUGCUCCUCCAGAGGCUAAAUUCGAAGGUUUACCUACUUAUAAGAAAGAUUACAUAAAAUAUAACGAAGCCCCAAGACAAUCAAUGAAACCUGUUGAGUUGGCUAGAGGACCAGAUCAACCGUUUGACGAUAGAACUGGAUACAGAGAUCAUUAUAUUAAACAUCCUCUACCAGAGAAAGCACUUAAGGAAAAGGAAUGUUGGAAACCUAACAAGGCUCCAUUGGAUGGAUUAUCAAAUUAUAAGAAGGAUUAUGUUGAAAAGCACGGCGGACCUAUGGCCAGCUGUAAACCAGACGCAUCGGCGUUUAAGAGUGGCGCUCCACUGGAAGAUACGACUACACAUAGAAAUGACUUUAAGAAAUGGGAUGCUGAACGACCCUUCGUUCACGAACCUGAUCAGUAUCGAAAGCCAGAAGGAAAUAUUGAUUUAAAUACAACGCAUAAAACAGAUUUCACUCAAAAACCUUUAUCUAAACCAAAAUCGAUGAAACCACUCGAUGCUAAGAAAGUACCGGGAAAUUUUACAGAUAAGACAAAUUAUAAGGAUGAUUACAAGAAGUGGCAUAUGGAAAGGGAAAGACCAGUGGUUAAAGCCGAUUACUCCCCUCCAGAAGCUCCUUUCGAAGGCCUACCUACGUACAAGAAAGACUAUGUUAAAUACAACGAAGCACCGAGAAAAUUAAUGAGACCAGCAGAAGGCGGUAUUCAAAGCGAUGCUCCUUUCGAUGAUCAAACAAUGUACAGAACAGAGUACAUUAAGAAGGACAAUCCACCUUGCCCUGCCGCUAUAAUAGAAUCAGCGAGUUCAAAAUUCCAAUUUAAAGAGCAGGAUGACAGCGGUCAUAAAUGGUAUGAACCUGUAAAUGGUAAGUCGUCAAUGACAACUCAACCAGUACCAAGAACUUACAGCGCCUCUCAACAAAUUAAGAAUAAUAACGAAGGUCUAGUAUGUGCUUAGUUGCAAAUUCUCUUUAUGCUCCUUGAAAUACACAACAACAAUUAUGCCAUAUACAUUUAAGAUAUAUAAAUAUAUUCACCAUAUAUUCAGUAUAUAUACUGUAUAUAUAUAUAUAAAUUUUAUUGAUUCAAUUGAC